AUGGGCAAGUCGGGUGGGGGUGGCGGUGGCCGCGCUGGUGGUGGUGGUGGCCGUGCAGUGUGUAGUGGCCGCGCAAUGGGCGGUGCAAAAAUGUCGAGCUCAAAGCCUGCCAGUUCAAAUGCCAUAAAGGCCUCCAGCUCAAAGCCUACCAGCGCACAGGUGCACCGUGCCAAUCAAUUGAACCCUUGCCAUGCACUAUUUCAUCAGUCUCGGGGGCUAUCAGCCUCCGCAGCCAAAGAAGCCGCCGCAGCAACGCAGUCAGCAAAGAAGGCAGCUGCCCAGCCCACCUCCCAGGACACCAAUCGCGCGAAUCAGCUGAAUCCGUUCCAUGAGGCCUUUUGGAAGUCCAGAAAAAUUGAGCCUGGCAAAGUGGAGAUGGUGUACCAUGGCACCUCCAAAGAGAAUGCGGAUGCCAUCCUGAAGAAGGGCUUCAACCCUUCCAAAGAUGGACUACUCGGAAGCGGUGUCUAUGUCACCACGGAUCUCGGCAAGGCUUCUGCCUUCGCCGGCAGCGACGGCCGCAUCCUCCGCGCCGCGGCGAACCUGGGCUCGGUGCAGACGGUGGACGCGCGCAAGGCGCGGCAGGGCGGCUUCAGCGAAGUGGCGUGGCAGCGGAGCCAUGAUGCGGCCUAUGUGCCGCAAGGCGAGGGAGUGGCUAGGUCCAACCUCUUAUGGUCGCUGGGCAAAGUUCUGGUGAAGGAGGAGAUCUUCAUGGAACAGAUGGCAGCCAUGGCAAUUCCUCAAAUCGCCGAAGCACCCAGCACCCUCAGCCGGGUCCAAGGCGGAAUUCACACCACAAGCUCUAGCCAACAGGUGCCGCUCUGGGUGGUUCCAGCUUUCUUCGAAGGUCUCACCAUGACCACAUCAUCUAUCCCAGCAAAGCUGACAUCAGAUGAAACAGACAGCGGAUGA